CAUAUUCAUUUCAUGGUCACAUUCACAACUCAAAGACAUCAAAUUGGGACGUUCUUCUGAGGAAGGUCCAAAAAGUCAGUGCUGCGAAAACCGACGAUCCGAACAAUACCCUUUUCAUCUCUCUUCAUAAUCAUCAUCAUCUUCUUCAUCAGUAAUUUAAUACUGAUUCGAAGGAAAAUCUGAAAUCAGAUAAUAAAGGUAGAAACUUUUUACCUCAACACCAGUGAUUAUGGCUGUUGCUGAUAAUGUUAGUGGCAAAAUCGGUUCUUCAAACCAGAAUUUGGAGAACAACAACACCAACAACAACGUUGUGUCAUCUGAGUCAACUGAGGUGGAGAAAUCGAAGCCUAGGAGCGAUCAGGAUGUGUCGAUCAACAACAACGGUGUGUUCAACCAUCAGCUUCCGAAUGGUGGUAAUUAUAGCUUCAAGGCUCAUCAAUUGGGUCAGAUGCAUGCUAACGGGGUUCAGAAUCAGCAGUUUGUGAUGAACAAUGAUGGGUAUGUGAUGAACGGUGAGAACGAGGGUGAGAGUUUCAAGCGCGAAAUGAGGGAUUUGGAGGAAUUGUUGUCGAAGCUGAAUCCCAUGGCUGAGGAAUUUGUGCCUCCGUCUCUAACAAAUAAUCAUGGCUACUUAGCUGGACCUGCUGCUGGGUUUGGUUACCCUAACAAUUAUAUACUACUUAAUAAUUUUGCUAAUGCUAACGGCCAAACUAACCGAAGGAGGAAGACUGGCUAUAGUACUAAUGGGAAGAGAAGAGUGAAUCAUAAAGUAGAUAUGGAGAAACGAGAGGAGAUGAUUCGGAGGACUGUUUACGUGUCUGACAUUGAUCAACUGGUAACUGAAGAGCAGCUGGCAUCUCUCUUUCUUAAUUGCGGCCAGGUUGUUGACUGCCGUGUUUGCGGAGAUCCCAAUUCUAUUCUCCGUUUUGCUUUCAUUGAGUUUACUGAUGAAGAAAGUGCAAGGGCUGCUGUGAGCCUUUCUGGAACUAUGCUGGGAUAUUACCCAUUGAGAGUGCUGCCUUCCAAAACUGCCAUUGCACCUGUCAAUCCAACAUUUUUGCCCAGGUCUGAAGAUGAAAGGGAGAUGUGCUCUAGAACAAUUUAUUGCACAAACAUCGACAAAAAGCUGACUCAAGCAGAUGUGAAGCACUUCUUUGAGUCUAUCUGUGGAGAGGUUCAACGACUGAGGCUCCUUGGGGAUUACCAUCAUUCAACUCGGAUUGCAUUUGUUGAGUUCACAGUGGCUGACAGUGCAAUUGCCGCCCUAAGCUGCAGUGGCGUGAUUUUGGGUGCUCUUCCUAUAAGGGUGAGUCCAUCAAAGACACCAGUCCGCGCUCGUUCUCCUCGUAGUCCAUGAACUGAAGCGAUUGUCCUUGCUGCUGGAGUUUGACUGCUGCUGCUACAUAUAUAUACGUACAUAGAAACAUAUAUGUUCGAAAGAACCUGUGGCGUUUAGUUGAAACUUUUGUCCUCGUGUUUUGCACUAUGGUAUCUUUGUUUCCCGUUGCAGUAAUUGGUUCUUCGUUUAGUUUGUAGAGUCGAUGGUACUUCGAGGAUCUUGUUUAAUUUAUGUUGCACAAUGUGACAUGUCGUUGAUCUUGCAUUUCCAGAAUUCUAUCGCCGGAUGUUAUCUGCAGUUUUAUUUCGAAGAAACAUGUUAUUACCAAAUCCUUUUUUAGUCA